GAAACACGGGCUUGUUUGCAGCCUUUCGCCUGUGAACGCCUCACGCUGAGGCCUUAUGACGCUCCGAGGCUUCCGUAGUUUGACAGGAGGGAGCUGAGCGGGAGGCGACGUCGCGUCAGCGAAGCUUCAUUUUUAUGAUCAUGACGUCCAACGCCGACCACCGCUCCAUCUUUGACUUGUGCCCCAACGACGAGGCUUUGCUCGGGCUGAGAGAAGUGAACACCGUCCCGAGGCAGCCAGUCAACACCGAGCCAGCCUCACACGAGAGGGAGGAUGAGAGGCAGCGGGAGGAUGAGAGGCAGCGGGAGUCCAGCCUGGCCAGAGACGUGUCAGAGAAGAUGGUCUGCUCAGCCUGCAGAUGCCCCUUUGUUAGUCGCGAGGAGCAGACGGAGCACUACAAGCUCGACUGGCAUCGCUUCAACUUGAGACAGAAACUGGCAGGACUGCCACCGGUCACCGUGGAGGAGUUUGAGAAGAGGACCGGAGCUGGAGACAUGUCAAGUAUCUCGGGCUCAGAGUCUGAUUCCGAUGAAGAAAAAUCAAAUAGCGAUGGCGGUGGUAGUGGUGGUGGGGGGACAAGCAGCAACGUCACUGGCACAGAUAACGAGAGCUCCGCUGAAACCAGUUGUCGUCUCUCCAGCAAAAUGGUUUUCCAGAACUCAGCAGGACAGUAUGUGUCAGUCUACCGCUGCAUUCUGCGGGGGAAGUUGGACGCCGAGCACGAUGCCGGACCCUCUCUAAUAGCCAUAAGUAAGAAGACGGUGUGGGUCAUUCUCAUGACAGGCGGAGGCCACUUUGCUGGUGCUGUGUUCCAAGGAAAAGAAGUCCUUCAGCACAAGACCUUCCACCGAUACACAGUGCGAGCGAAGCGAGGCACCGCUCAAGGACUCCGAGACUCGCAGAACCGCAGUCACACACCGAAGUCUGCCGGAGCUGCCCUGAGGCGAUACAAUGAGGCAGCGCUAGUCAAGGACAUUCAGGAUCUCCUGGUAACCUGGGCUGAAUGCCUGAGGGAGGCCUCUGUAAUAUUUGUACGGGCCCCUAGCUAUAACAAGACCAUCUUUUUUGGCGGCCGGGCGGCUCCCCUCGACAAAAAGGAUCCCAGGAUCCGUACACUUCCCUUCGCCACGCGCAGGGCGACGUUUCGCGAGGUAAAGAGGGCACACGAGGUGCUUUCCACGGUUCAUAUUUAUGGGAGAGACGCAGACAUGUCUGCAGUUUUCAGUCCGUCUAAGAAGGCGUGGAAAAAAACAGUCAAGCCCGUGGCACAGAAAAACUCUGAUCAAGAGCCAGCAGAGCAAAACGGCGACAGCUCAGAUGAAGAAGGGAGUGGAGAGAUCCAGCUGGAGAUGGUGGAGCUGACAAUAGGAACCCUGGACCUCAGGGAGAGUGAAAUAUAUCCCUCCAGGCACAGGAGGAGGAGGAGGAGAAAGAAGGAGGAAGCCAAAAUGCAAACGGAGGACUUGAGUAAUACAGAAGCAGAUGAUCAAGAAGAGGAGGUGCCGGGGGCUGUGCCAGCAGAGGACGCCCCUCGAGAAACACAACCGAAGAACAAGAGGAAGAAGAAAACGCAGAGCAAGAAACAAGUGGAAGAAACUGUCGAUGAGCCAUGGGAAUAUGGCCUGAGGGAUGCUCUCUUUACGGCCUGCAAGGUUGGGGAUGUGGACACGCUGAGUGGACUCCUGGAGUCACUUGGAGAAACAGCAGAGAGUACAGAGCAGUUGGUGACCAACCCCUCCGACGUGCCAAGUCCCCCGACUCUCCUUAAUAAGCCCAUAGACUCGUCAGGGUUCACUUUGCUUCAUGUUGCAUCAGCAGCGGCACAAAAGUCAGUGGUCAGGCUACUCCUCCAUGAAGGAGCAGACCCGGCCUGCAGGGAUAACAAAGGGCAGACCCCGUAUAUUGUCGCCCCUGACAAAGACACGAGAAAUGUCUUUCGUAAAUACAUGGGUGAGAAUCCUGACAAAUACGACUACAGCAAGGCCCAGGUCCCUGGGCCACUGACGGCAGAGAUCGAAUCCAAAAUGAUGGAGAAGAAAAAGGCUCAAAAGGCAUCGAGAAGACAGCGAGAAAAAGAGCAGAAGGAGGAGAAGAGGAAACAAGAGUUGGAGGCAGAGGAAAAGAAGAGGUUUGCAUCUCUGACUGAUCGUGAGAAGAGAGCUCUGGCAGCAGAGAAAAGGUUAGCGGAGCAGGUGGCUGCAUCAGGAGUCGGCGUCUCGAACAUCAAGAGGUGCUGGUCGUGUGGGGAGUCUUUGAUUGGGAAGAUCCCAUUUCAGUACCUGGAGUAUUCAUUUUGCACGCCUCACUGCGUCCAAGCACAUCGAAAAGGAAACGCUCCUCCGGGCAAGAGCUAACAGCCGUGUGGACAUUUCUAGUUGGCAGGAAACAACCUCAUGAAAAGUACAGGUGGAUUUGUGGAGCCCUGUUAAGACUCAUGCUGGUUUCGCUUUCAACUCUGAACACAUUUCAGAUGUCGUUUUACUGAGGACUUAGUUGCAUAUCCUAUAUAUAGUAUAUAUAUAUAUUAUUCGCAGUAUGUGCAGUUAUGGAAAUUGGAAUACAAUAAAAAAAGAGUAAUACUAUUUAUGGAUCAGUUAUUACCCCCCCCCCAGUGAAUCAUUGAAUCAGUGAAACUGUUUAAGAAUAAUCAAGCCACAGAAAUAAUGCAGAACAAAAGCAGCAUCCUUUCUCAUGCCAGAUGACUACUUCCAAUUGGCCUCAGUCAAACCUUUAAAGAUUUAUUUUUUGUACAGCUUUUGCAAUAUAGGAUUUCUGAGAAAAAUGUUACAAAUUUCAGUGCAAUGAUUUUUAAGUAGUGAGCUGUGGCCGAUCCAUAAAGAAAACUCGUAAGUGCGCCGGCGCCCCCUCCAGCUCUAGCACUGUGAUAUUGUUCGGUAAGGUGGUACUGAGCAAGGGUCCUGGGACGUAAAGAGUCUGUUGAGGGCCCCUGGCUGGCCAGUAUCGUCCCAGGUUCACGCCAUUAAUCCAAAUCUGACCCUGAUGUAGAAAAGGAACGAUGUUAACGUCAGAAAGGAUGCACCCACACAGGAAUUCUUUGAGUCAAAAUGCCUCCCUCCCAUUACCUUUGUCCAUUCACUGAGACUGAUGAAGGAGUCCCAGGCUAAGCCACUGGGUUGUAAUGUCCCCAUGUAGAAGGCCGGUCCAGCUGAAGGUUCUCUCUGAGGGGCAGCAAAGGACUCUUGACUGUUCGCAUGAGGCCAUCCACCAGUGAUGGCUCCGUCGAUGUCCAAAGAGAAGAUCUUCCAGUCAGUCAGUAUAUCUUGACCCAGGAUCAGAUCGCUCAAGAGGCCCUGCAGUACACAAGCUGUAUUACAACCUCGCAGUAACUAACACUAACACCUGGAAACAGUCUUCAUUCAAAAAUUUUAAUCCAUGUGUAUUUUCUAUCACAUUUGUUAUUAAAACACGGCUGCAUCAA